UUUCAUACGCGGGAUCCAGACCUAAUACGAGUUAUAAUGUAGACAGUACUUUUAAGGAAAAUACGCCAAGAACCAUCUUCAAAUGUGUAUAUCAUUGUCUGCAUAAUACUAGACCACCUAAGAAAGUCAAAACACCUCACUAUAAGCAUGUGAAUUGUCCAGCUAAAUUGACUAUAAAUGUCAGGAAUCCAAAAAUGAAAAGGAGCAAUGAUGUUCAUUUAAAACAAUUCCCAUGUGAAAUUUUUAUUAGGUACACACAUAACCAUAAUAUUUAUUGUGCUGAUGUGUUGCGCCAUAAGAGACCAAGUGAAGAAGUAGAGAAUAUCUUCAAAGAUCUUUUUGGAAAAGGUUAUUCACCAUCUUCUGCCCUAGAAAUUUAUAAAAUGGAGUUGCAUGAUCUAGAUCCACAAAACUACUAUACAGUAGUAGCAGAUGGUUCAAGGUGUCCCUCACGUCGAUGGUGUUAUGAAUUAUAUUAUAAACUAUUUAAAAAGGAGUAUGGAGAUCCUAGUGGUUCUAAAAUGAUUUCUUCAUUAUCUGAAAAGAUUAUUAAAUACAAUCAACACUGUAGUAACAAUUGUGCUGCCUUUUCAAAUGAUGGGGAUGACUUAGUGGUUGCAGUUUGUUCACCAAUGACGAAGAAUGUCCACAAAUAUAUAAAAUCGUCUGGUAAAAUAACGUUUAUUGAUUCAUCCGGAAAUAUGGAUAGGCAUAAUAGUCGAAUUUUUUUAAUGUUAUCUCCCUCAGUUGCUGGAGCACUCCCAGUAGGUUUAAUUAUGACAUAUAGUGAAUCACAAAAAACCAUUUUAAAAGGUCUAGAACUUUAUAAAACCCUUUUAGAUGAAAACUCUUUUUAUAAAAACUCAUUUCCAAAGGUAGUUAUUACUGAUGACUCUACUGCAGAACGCGAAGCCCUUAAAACUGCAUUUCCACUUUCAACUCUGUUACUCUGUAAAUUUCAUAUUUUGCAAGCUACAAUGCGAUAUUUGUGGGAUUCCAAGCAUGGUGUUGAUAAACAUGAUCGUAUAUAUUUAUACAGAUUAUUUCAAGGUUUAGUAAAUUGUGCAGAGAAAGAACAAUUUUUGAAAAAUUUUGAUUUUUUUUUAGACUGUAGUAUUGUAAAAAAAUAUGAAAAUGUUGCCAAAUAUUUUAAAAAUCUUAAAAAUAGAUCUAAAGAAUGGGCUUUAUGUUAUAGAUCGGGCAUUUUAACAAGGGGAAAUGAAACUAAUAAUUAUGCAGAAGCUGGCUUCAGAAUUUUGAAAGACAAGAUUUUGCAUAGAACCAAGGCAUUUAGUAUUGUACAAAUGUUUAGUUUCUUAACUGACCAUCUGCAUAAUUAUUAUACAAGGAGGCUUACCGAUUUAAUAAAUAAUCGAAGUGAGAGCCUUGCUAAAAAAUACUUAAUUAAAAUUGAAAAAAUUAAAAAAUUUGAAUAUACAGCAAUUACAGACAAUUUUUAUAAGGUAACAUCAGGAGAAAAUGAAUAUUUUGUUAAUACUGAAGUAGAGUUAUGUAGUUGUAAUAUUGGAUGUACUGGUGCUCCAAGUAAACAUCAAUAUGGAGUAGUAAAAACAUUUAAUUUAACUUCUCAACAGUUUAUUCCUACUGCUGAUGUACACAUGAAAUCAGUAUUACACAAGAUCGUUAAUGACACAGAAGUUCCUAGUAGCUGGUAUGAAAGUUUAAAAAAAGAAGACAAUUUCCCACAGAAAACCAUGCAGAGUAACCGGACAGAAACUAACACUGUUCAAAGUACAGACACUGUUAAUACUCAGUUAAAUGAUAACAGUGCUAAUGAAUGUUUAGUAAAUAAACAUUUUACAGAGCAAGACAUCGAGACUGAAAGUAAACAAUUGUUACAAACUUUUCAGGAUUUUAAUUCAAAAUUGUUGGGCAAUCCAGACGUUUAUUAUUCAGCAAUAAAAAAGUUUAACGAAUUAGCGUCUGAGCUACGGACAGAAUCGUCAUUGGUAUCAGCUCUGCAUACUUUCGGAAAAUAUACAGGUGCAGGACAACCACUUAUAAGGAAAGGCAAGAAUUUACAGGGUGGUAAAAUAAUAGGUGUGCAACCUACAGCAAUGUCAAGAAGAAAGGUACAUCUUGGUGGUAGAAAUGUAGCAUUUACUGGAAGACCUCCCAAAAACCAAAACGAUCAUACUUAUAACAGAAAAAGGAGUUUAACCGCUAGAGAAAUUCCAGUCCCUCAGAAGAAAGCUGCCCCGCAUUCUUUAACACUUUGUGUAGAUCACAAUCACAAUAUUAGUUUAGGUAAAAAUCAUUAAAUUGUUUAUAUGCACAUAUGAUAUUAAUUGACAUUUUAUUGUUUGUCAUUUAUGUGCUUAUUAGAGCAGACGUGUUUGUUCCACUGUUUAAUGUCAAAUAUUCAUAAUUCAUAUCCGAGAAUUAAACAAUAUAUUAAACGCCCUAUAUAGGGAAUUAACGAAUUGUUAUUGUAUACAAACAUGUGCGGUCGGCUAAUUUAGUUAAUUAUUACGAAACGUAAACAAUAAUUUUGGACAAGUGCACAUUAAUUUUGAUGAUUUCAUAUAAUUCCUUUGUUCUUUAAUAUUUUAUAAUUAUAUAUAGGCGCGUGGGUCCUGACCCAGAAAUAUACUGCCACUAAGAAAAGUGUACAUUCAUAACACUAGUUUACAACCAGUUUGCUACUCGAAUGCAUAAUGGUGUUUUUUGUUAAUUUUUGCUCUCUGAAUAUGAUUAUGAUGGUAAAAAGCUCCUAACACAUAAGAUUUUUGAGUUAUCAUUUAAAAAAAUGAGUUAUGAUUUUGAAGUUAUGAGUAUUUUGCUAAACAAUUUUUAAAACAGUUAUUUGUAAUAUAUUGGGGCGUGAUCUUAUCCAAUUGACGUUUUUCCUAAAAAUUGUGCAUAAUUUGGCAACACUGGGACAUCUAAUGUCUACGAAUAACACAUUAACAUUUAAAUAAAGAAUAAACCAAAGGUAGUCCUUAAUCAGUAAACAGAGCAAGCAUUAAAUUGAAUAUCCAGAUAUUACCUCAACAAUAAAACUAGUUUUUCAUGGAGAAGAUUUCCAGUUCCAGAACCUCGGCAAGUUGGUGUAUCAGAAAAGAAUAAUUCUUAUUUUCCUGAAAGGGGCCAAAAAGCACCUUAUUGCAUCCAAAAAGCCGAAUUACAUGACUUAGUUGUAGGUUACAAUAGUAGGUCUUAGGUUCUAGAUUACAAUAAUGGAUUUUUUAAAUGGAAUUUACUAGCCAGUACAACUUAUAAUAUUUAUGAACCGUAACCAGGAGCUAUCCUCGUUUUUACUAUGCAGAAUAAAAUGUGUGCUUAUGUUAAUCCAAAUAGUGUUUUGGGAAAAUUGGGAUAUGCACAAAAUUGUGUACAAAAGACUUACUGUAGUUUUUGUUUCUAAUGCUGAUUUUAUGUGUAUAUAGUAUGUAAGAAUUUUUAUAAUAAACAUCAAUAUUUGAUGCAUUCUAUAACUCCAAAUGUAACAUUUCACCUGACCGGACGCAUACGCAGAAAUGCGCGGCCCUUUAAGAAGAAAAUAACUCAAAAUAUAUACGUGAUGGAACAUUUUGGUGUUUGAAUUCGCAUUCAGGACCCUUUAAACUCCCCGGUGCAGCCAUUUUAAUAUCAGUCGCAACUGUUUUUGUUUAUUUGUUGACUAGUGUAAUCAUUCAUUUGAAUCACUUCAUACAGUCAAGAUGUGACUUCAAAUCAUUAUCAUUAAGUAUUAUUAGCAAUUAGAUCUUGUUACUGUCAAAUUUAAACUUUGUAAGGUAUUCCAAGUAAGGUAUAAGGCUUUCCAAUAAGAAUCGAAAAUCGUCGAUUCAGAGUGCUGCUCUGCGCUCCCUGUUCUAAGUGAAAAAUAAGAUUGUUUUGCCUUCGCAUUGCAACUGAAUAAAAAUGGAAUUUUUAUUUUAUUUUUAAACUUUGUAUUUGCCCCGGGUCAUAGGGAGCGUUCAAGUAUUACGUAACGCAAUUUUUGAAGAUUUUUGACCCCCUCCCCCCAGGUAACGCACCGUAACGUUUUUAUGUACCCCCCCUCCCCCUACCUAAACGUUACGUAACACCCAAGUCACCAUUUGAACCUAAAUGGAAAACUAGGUUGCGAAAAGUACCGGAAUUAUUAUUUUAAUCGCAUUUGAGGUAAUAAUAAAAACUUACAAUCAUCAUCCAGCCUCAAAAGUCCACUGCUGAACAUAGGCCUCCUCCCCUCAUUUCCAACCACGUCUAUCCUGCGCCGCUCUCAUCCAGCUUUUAUUUAGCUUUCUUACGUCGUCUGUCCAUCUUGUAGGCGGUCAACCGGCGCUUCUCUUGUCUUCUCUUGGCCUCCAUUCCAAUAACCUUUUUGUCCAUCGCCCAUGUGUCAUUAUCGCUAUGUGUCCUGCCCAUCUCCACUUCAAGUUAGCUAUCCUUUUGAUGACGUCAGUCACCUUUGUCUUCUCCUGAUUUCUUCGUUUCUGAUUUUGUCUCGCAGAGUUAUUCCCAACAUUGACCGCUCCAUUUUUCUCUGCGUUACUCUUAGUUUGGUAGCCGAGACUUUAGGUAAGGUAAGUGUUUCUGAUCCGUACGUCAAGACUGGGAGGACGCACUGAUCAAAUACCUUUCUCUUUAGGCAUAUGAGCAACUCACUCUUAAAAGUUUCUCUCAGUUUUCCAAAUGCUGCCCACCCAAGAACGAUUCUUCUUUUUAGUUCAUGUGUCUGGUUAUCCCUGCCAAUCGUAAUUUCAUGUCCCAUGACAUGAAAUAUGUCCAAAACUUAGAAUAAUAAUCUUUUAUUACUAAUUUUACAUUUACAUUUACAUUUUCCCUGCUUGGCCCCAUCCUUACAUACA